CCACCAUUGCGCCUGGUCGUGGGCAGUCGACGCGGGUUACUUAUAAUGUGGCGCGCCCCCGCCGCUGGCGCGACCGCUUCCCAUACUUUUUUUUCCAACCCAGCCGUACUGAUUGGUACACACCACCGUGGGCGACUUUGGAGUUUUGCGCUCACGUUCAACCCGAAAAGCUCCCGUACUACCGACAUCCUUAUCAUAGCGCAGCGCCAUGAACCAAGUUCAAGCACACCCCGCCGACGGCGUCGUAGUCCCCCAUGCCCACCACCAAAACUACGACCCAGAACCAGUCGACAAGACGGGCAGCGGCUACUAUGUGGCAUCUGAAAAUGAGUUGCACAACGCCACGCCUACCAACGAGGUCUUGGAGCGCGAUGCGCAGACAAAGGGACGUUGGUUCCAGUACGUCAAGACGAAGCAGUUCUGGGUAACGCUAUUGCUUGGGCAGGUCCUCGCUAUUUGCAUCACCUCUACAAACACAUUCUCUACUCUGCUCUCGAACGAGGGCACCUCGAUUCCCGCCUUCCAGUCCUUCUUUAACUAUGUCCUGCUCAACAUCAUCUACACCUCGUACACCAUCUACAAAUACGGCUUCAAGAAAUGGGGGCGUCUCCUUAUCAAAGACGGCUGGCGCUUCUUCAUCCUGGCUUUUAUGGACGUUGAGGGAAACUAUUUUGUUGUGCUGGCAUAUCGCUAUACCACCAUCCUAAGCGCCCAGCUAAUCAACUUUUGGGCCAUCGCCGUCGUCGUAAUCAUCUCAUUCAUCUUCCUCAAGGUCCGCUACCACUACACGCAAAUCUUCGGCAUCUUGCUCUGCAUCGGUGGUCUGGGCGUCAUCUUUGGCUCUGACCACAUCACCGGCGCCAAUAACUUUGGCGCUUCCGACGCAGUCAAGGGCGAUUUGUUUGCGCUUUUGGGCGCUACGUUCUACGGUCUCUCCAACGUCUUCGAAGAAUGGCUCGUCUCGGAACGGCCCUUGUACGAAGUCGUUGGCCAACUGGCUUUCUGGGGCAUGUUCAUCAACGGCACACAAGCCGGCAUUUUCGACCGUAACGCCUUCCGCACCGCACAUUGGAACGCAAAAGUGGGCGGCUACCUCGCAGGCUACACGCUCAUCCUGUCGCUCUUCUACUCCCUUGCACCUGUCCUAUUCCGCCUGAGUUCAGCCGCCUUCUUCAACAUCUCUCUCCUUACUGGAAGUUUCUGGGGUGUUGCCAUUGGCGUCAAGGUAUUUGGACUGCACAUCCACUGGAUGUAUCCCAUUGCCUUUGUUCUCAUAAUCUUGGGUCAGGUUAUUUACUUCCUGAGACAGAGCUUGGUGGGUGAAGCCUUGAAGCCUUGGUUGGGCAAGAACCAAGAGAGGGGUCACGCUGGGCUGGGCACGGCGAAGAGGAGGGCAGAGAGACCAGAGGCUAUUGUUUAAGAUGAGCACUGAGAUGGAGGAGCAGAAAGGUGAAUACCCUGGUGUGGUUUGAUGUGGCUAGAGGUUCACAUAUUAUUACCCUAUCACUAAUGAACGACCCC